UCGAGUUCCGUUUCAUCAUCUCAAAACUGUGUAAUAACAAAGAAAAUCCAACCAACCAUUUCCCUAAAUUUCCGUUGAAGUCGGCCCCACAUAAUCCACAUUCCGCCAUUGAAAAACCAAGAGAUUCUCCUCUCUCCACCUUCAAUCUUCCUGCAACCAUUUCAUCCAACGACUGCUGAAAUUGAUAGGGGAAAGGGAAAAUGUUAGCUGCACCUUCUGCUUCUCGCCUCAACUCUCCAUUUGUCUACUGCCCCCUAAAGCUCUCCUCACCAUCCCCAUUUCCAACUAAAUCCCUCAAAACGCAGCGCUCUCCGGCUUCGUAUCCAUACGUCAGAGCAGCUGAUCUCGAUCAGAACACAAUAGUGGCGAUUGCAGUUGGAGUGGUCAGUGUUGCAGUCGGGAUAGGGAUUCCUGUUUUCUACGAGACACAAAUUGAUAGUGCUGCCAAGAGAGAAAAUACUCAGGCAUGCUUCCCCUGUGAUGGCUCCGGUGCUCAAAAAUGUAGAUUCUGCAUGGGAACCGGCAGUGUGUCCGUUGAACUCGGUGGUGAUGAGAAAGAAAUCUCUCGGUGCAUCAAUUGUGACGGGGCUGGCUCAUUGACAUGCACCACAUGCCAGGGCAGUGGCAUUCAGCCUCGAUACCUGGAUCGUAGAGAAUUUAAGGACGAUGAUUGAAUGCUGCAGAGAACACGGCUGCGUUCGGAUGAAUUCUUUGAUGCCAAAUUAACUUUGUCUUGGAGUUGCAUAGAUGGGGCAAUGACAGAUUUUUUUUGCAAUUUUUUUUUCUGUAUUUCUUGAAUUUGAAGUCAAGACUGAUAAGUUCAUGUGAUGCUUAUACUGUAUCAGUUGUUCAGUUUUUAUAAAAGAAAGAAAAUUAAAACGUCGACA